AUGGAAUUACCUGAGAGUAAUAGUUCUCAUUGGAAGUCCAAGUUUAUAGAUGGCCUUCCCAUGUUAUUUGCUGAAAGAAUUAGGAAUACCCUUAGAGGUCCUAAUGUGAGUAUUAACUAUGAGGCUUACACUUACGGUAACCUUAUAAAGGUUGUUACUCAAGAAGGUUUAGCUUUAUGUAAUGAGAUUAAGUUAAACCAACAGGUUAAGAAGUAUCAUCUUACUGAGAGACAACAACUGGGAGAAUUUUAUCAAAGGGUUUCUGCUUUAGAAAACCCAAAACUAUUACCCAUUGAGGAUAGCCAAACUCUCCCUGAUGGAGAUUUCCUUAAAACCUUAGAAGAAGCUGCUCACCAACAUUUCUAUGCUAAGUUCACCAUUCUUAUUGAUUACAAUUAUAAGAAGGAAUUUACAGCUCUCAUUGACAGUGGCGCAGGCUGCGAUCUUUAUAAUCAAAAGUUCUUAAUUAGGACUGUUGCCAAGCUGCCAGAUUUAUCUUUAACAAAGAUUUUAAACAUGAUGUCUCUAAGCAAAUGUUUGCAAGAUGGCAGGAUGGCAUCACGAGGAUCUUCUUCCUCGUUUAGAGGAAUAGGUGGAAGAAAUUCACCAAGAGGCAGAGGUAAUGUCCUCGUCCAAAUUGGAAAUCAGAGGCUGAUAUCCUUGAGCAUUACAAACUCAAGUUUUUCUAGUAUGAAUACAGAUGAACAAACAUAUCAGGAAUUUUUAGAAUUCAUGAAAUUCAAGUCUAAUAAACAAGGGGAUAAUGAAGUCCCUUCGUAUUCAAGUAUUCUUAAAGAUGACAAUGAGAAUACUGAGUUGUAUGAACGCAACAAGAUAGAAAAAGUCAUAAUUUCCCCUGAAAAGCAUGAUCUUCGAUGGAAAGAUAAUCCUUGGCAGCUAAUGCAAAGGUAUUUGGAUAAUACAUUUUAUGCUGUGGUAUCUUACAAAUAUCACAAUUAUUAUCAAUCUAUAUUAUCUACAAUGGGUUCUGCAGAAAUUUAA